GCGUAUCGGUUGACUGAAUAAUCUAUGGUAGGACAAUAGCCAAGGUUUGUGAUAGCGUUUUAUAAACAUUUUACACUCGGCUAAAAUAUAAGCCCUAUUUCGCCCGAUCUUGUCAGAGUUUUGUUCGCGCUAGAUGAAGUGCUGUUGAUCGCUAAGCUAAAUACGUCUAAGGGAAAAGACAAUCCUAUUCGACUCAAGAAUGGCAUUAAUUAGGAGAGCUUCUCACGCUGGUAGCUGGUACUCGGAUAAUGGUUCAGAAUUAAGCAAGCAAUUAGAAGGUUGGUUGGGAGCAGCUGACUUAUCUCAUGGACCUGCAAGAGCAAUCAUUUCCCCGCAUGCAGGGUAUAGUUAUUGCGGGGCAUGUGCUGGUUUUGCUUAUCGGCAAAUUAGUCCUGUUGUUGUCCGUAGGAUAUUUAUUCUAGGCCCUUCUCAUCAUGUGAGAUUGCCAGGUUGUGCCCUAUCUUCGGCUUCUGUUUACCGAACACCGUUAUAUGAUCUACAUAUCGACCAACAAGUGAGAAGAGAACUUGAAGAAACUGGUCAUUUUGAAUGCAUGGAUCUGACUACAGAUGAAGAAGAGCAUAGUAUUGAGAUGCAGCUACCAUUCAUCGCUAAAGUUAUGGAAGGAUUCAAGGACUUAUUUACCAUAAUACCUAUUUUGGUGGGAUCCUUGAGCCCGGAGAGAGAAGCGCUUUAUGGGAGACUAUUAGCACCUUACAUGGCUGAUUCACAAACAUUAUUUGUCAUCUCUUCAGAUUUCUGCCAUUGGGGACAGCGUUUCCGCUAUACUUAUUACGAUAGAUCAUGUGGGCCUAUAUACAGAUCUAUUCAAAACCUUGACAAAAUGGGUAUGGACAUUAUAGAGACUUUGAAUCCUGCUAUGUUCACGGAGUAUCUUAAGAAAUAUGGUAAUACUAUAUGUGGCCGGCAUCCGAUUGGCGUUUUAUUGCAGGCAAUUCACAGUCUUAAAGGAAACACAAAUGGUCAAAGGAUGAAUCUGAAAUUUUUGAAAUAUGCUCAAAGUAGUCAAUGUAACAAUAUGAAUGACAGUUCUGUCAGUUACGCUAGUGCUUCCCUGGUUCUCGAGUGAUAAAAAUAUACAAUUUAAAUAUGGUCGUUGACCAGUUUGAAUAUAAACAUUUUCUUAAAGUGGAAUGAUGUUUGAUAGUAACAUGACAGUAAUGUUCUAUAAAUUAUGCGAGAUUAAACAAAAAAGUCAAGAUUUUGUAAUACAAAAGGAUAAUAAGACAGGGAACGCUGAAUUUAACCGCUCUAACUUUUAACAUUAUUUGCAUAUAUACUGUUUGUGGCUACACAACAAAUGUCAGGGCAAGUGUUAAUUCUUACGUUACAUGUAACAGAUGUAAUGUAUCGUUACGGAAACCUUUUGUAUAAAUGCAUUUUGGUUUAUUACUUACAUGAGAUAUGCAGUACUUCCAGAUUUCAAUAUGGGAAGGAGCUUAAAUAUUUCUUUGCUUUGAUUAUUGGUACAGCUAUAGUAUGUGUCGUAGCAACGUGCGUUUCAUGCGUAUUUUUGAGAGAGCAGAUUUCAAACUAGCGGCAAAGAAGAGAAUAUUGUUGCUAUUUAUAAACAAAACUAAUCAAAUUAAUUAGAAUUGUUGAUUUUAUAUACGUAAAUUUAUAAUUUAAAUAAUCUUAGCAUAUAUUACAUAUGUUAACAAUGAUAUGAUUUAUGGUGCUUAAAUUUUAUUGUAUAUUUAGUCUAUAUAUCUAAUAUAAAUUAGCAUAAUUGUAAAAAUUAAAUAAUUCUGGAUUUACCUGAAUUAAUUUAGGCUAUGAUUGC